GGCAGAGUACAGGAAGCACGGUGUGAUAUAUGACAUCUGCACACUGGUGAAUAAACAAGUUUCGAGUGUGGUCCUGAAAAAUCUUCGUUCGAAGGGGUAUCUAGCCCUUGCACCUAUCGUUACAUCUUCAAGCUAAAGAGAAUUGGGACACUACUACCCCUUGCAGGGAACGCGCAAAACGAGGGCUAGGGCGUUACUGUGGCAUCAUGGGGGUUCAUGGACUUACAAGUUUUGUGGAAGGAAAUCAUCAGUUUUUAACAGAAAUGAGACUGCGAGACUGCCGCCUUGUGAUUGAUGGGUGUAGCUUGUAUUUUCAAUUGUAUUUCAAGUCGGGAUUGGAUCAAGCACGAGGUGGAGACUACGACUUGUUUGCAGUGUUGGUUCGACAGUUUUUUGCAGCACUCUCAGAAUGUGCUGUUCAGCCUUUCGUGGUGGUGGAUGGCGGAAUGGAUCAGACAGACAAGAAGUUCAAGACACUGCAGGAACGAACCCAAAGCAAGAUCCGAGAGGCUCACGCUCUUUCCAGAGGAUCUCAUGGUUAUGUUCUCCCACUACUUGCAAGAGAAGUCUUCAAACAGGUCAUUUUUGAGCUUGGUGUACCCUUGGUGCAAUGCAUUUCUGAAGCUGACUUUGAAAUAGCCUCUCUGGCUAAACAUUGGGGAUGUCCUGUUCUGACCAAUGACAGUGACUUCUUCAUCUUUGACCUGAAAGGAGGCUACCUACCAUUUUCAUUCUUUCAAUGGAAUAACGUCAGCGGUAAGUCUGCGGAACGCUACGUCCCUGCUCGUCAUUUCACCGUGAGCCGCUUCUGCAUGCAUUUCAACCACAUGAACAAGCAGCUCCUCCCUCUGUUCGCUGUCAUCACUGGAAACGAUUACACACCUGGUAAAAUAACCGAAAUUUUUUUUAGCCGUGUGGAGUUUGAAAGAGUACCAUCAGGUCGGAAGUCUGGACGAAGUUCCAGUCCUCGAAUUGAGGGCUUUUUGCUCUGGCUGUCUCAGUUUGCCAACCCAGUAGACGCUUUAGAGAUGGUUUUGGUGAUAUUAGGUGGGCAACAGAAAGGAAACUUGCGUGCUCAGCUUUCCGCAAGAUUAAAAGACUACCAGCUUCCUAAAAACAGCAGCCUGGCUCAGUACUUUUCAAGUCCCCAACCUGCACUACCAGAUACCCAGGGGCUCCCAGUGGCUCUGGUUUCUCAACCAGAGUGGCUUUUAAAGAUAAUUGCAUCAGGAAAGCUGUCCUCCUUUGUCUUGGAUGUGCUUGUUCUCCAGAAGGUUCUGCUGGUUGCGCAGGUGGAAAAUAGUCACCUGGCUAGCAGUCACAUGACCUCACUGAGUAUUCGAAAGAGCAUCUACAGCCUUCUGCUUGAUAAGCCAAAACAGGAGAGUCAGAUGCCACAGACAAGCACCCAGAGAGGAAGAGGACGAGGGGACAUGAACAGACAUUCUCAGGGUAAAGGAGGUCAGUUUUACACACCUUGUGUUGAUGAGUAUGAUAGACAGGAACUGAAUCUCAGGAAAAACACGGUGGAGGCUCACCAACCUGCCUCUGUGCCACAACUAUACCUUACAGCAAUUGACAAGGCAUCUGCACAAGUGAGACUGCAGGUGUUGUUGGGAGCACUGGGUGUGAUGGAGCACGUUUUACAGCCGUUACCUCCUCAACUUUGCCUUGCAGUGUGUGUGACGUUUUUCUGGAUGAAUAACUGCAAACCAAAGCCCCCUCAGCCACUUCUCCAAGCCAUAUUACUGGGAUUUGUGUACGGGGAGCUCAGCUGGAGAAGAGCCCAUCCUAAUGACCCACUGUUUGGCAGCAAAGCUUCAGCUUCUGUAUGUCAGCGAUUAUCUCAGCUAAGGGUCAAUCCAGGACAAAGGAGAGGUCUUGAUCUGGGUGUGGCCCAUUUGCUCAGCCAAUGGCAGUCUUGUAUGUGGGUGACGAUGUUCCUGAACCAGUUACUGUGUUUUCCACUACCUGAACCUCAGUGUGCCUGGGUUUUCAGCGGUUCUCUGCUGCAUGGUCUAGAAGCUGCCAUAAGAGGGGGUCAGCAGUGGCAGUCUCUGCUUGCAGGGGACCCUCUAGCUCCGCAGCUCUUCUCCAUCCUGCAGGAGGCAUUGACCAAUCCUGCAGCAUUACCAUCAGCCAACAACAGUAGAGGAGGAGGGCAGAGGCAGACACAGCAGAGAGGGAGGGGCCAUGAAGGGAGAGGGCGGGGCAAUAGAGGAAGAGGGAGGGGCAACAGAAGCAGAGGAAUGGCAUCUUCAAACAGUGCUUUAGACAACAGGUUUCAACUGUUGACCCUUGAUGACUGGCAGCAGCGGUGAGCUGAAGUUCAGCUGGUUUGGAAGAGAAAAAUAUUUUAUGGUCUUACUACAUUUCUAUGCAGCUUUACACUUCAUAAAAUCAUGAUGUUUGACCUUUGCCCUUUGCAGAUGACAGCAGCUUUUACUAACUUCAGCGUUAAGUGUUAGUUCACACAAAAAAUGAAAAUUCACUCACUAUUUACUCAUCCUCAAGUGAUUUCAAACCUUUAUGAGAUUCUUUGUUCUAUUGAACACUAAAGAAGAUAUUUGAAGAAAUCUGAAAACCUGUAACCCUUGACUUCCAUAGUAGGAAAAACAAAUACUAUCGAAGUCAAUGGUUACAGGUUUCCAGCUUGUGUACAAUAUCGGCUUUUGUGUUUAACACAAGAAAGAACCAACAUUUUAAUUUGAGGGUGAACUGUUGCUUUUAGGCUGUUUGUUUACUAUUAUUCCAAUGCUUUAUUAUGCAUUUAUGUAUUCACAAAGGUUCAGUACCAUGAAGUCAGAUUAGCUGGUUAGCCAGUUAAAUUUAAGUUUAGUUUGCAGCAAUUCUGGGUUUUAGGUAUCAUAAAGGUAGCUCAGAUCAGCUCAGCGGCUCCAUAAUACCAUAACAACAAAGAGUGAUUAAAGUCGAGCUGCCUUCAUGUCACCCAAAACCCAAGAAUGGUGCAAACUAAAUCAAAACUUGACUGGCUAGCCAGCUAAUCCAGUUUCAUAAUAUGGGCCCCAGGCUUACUUGCACUGAAAAUAUUUUGCAUUCACAAUUUUUAAUACUGUUUAAUCUAAUUCUCUUUUAUGACCACAAUCUAGUUUUGUAUUUCAUGAAUGGCUUUCUUAUUU